AUGCAUCGUGUGUGGGUGUACGUUGGGAAUGUAGCAGUUGUGAAUUAUCUACUGGAUCAGAAAGACCUACUGAGUUCAAGACGUUCAAGAAGAGGUCAUUCACCUUUAGAUGUUGCACUGCGAUCCGGAAAGGCUGGAACUGCACGGAUUCUCCUUGAUAAGAUAAAACAUGACACGUCGGUAAUACACCAGAGUGAUCGUGAAGGAUUUACACCUCUUCACAUUGCUAUUGAAAUUGGAUUAACAUCAAUCGUUGAAGAGUUGAUUUCUCUCGGUGCUGAUUUAAACCAGGCAUCAAACGAUGGCCAGACACCAUUACAUACUGCUAUCAGACUAUGUAACUGUAAGAAGAGACAAGUUGAAAUGACACCAGCUUUAGACCAGAUACAGCAAGAGAGUGAUGACACCCUAUCACCGCCAGAAGCUUUGAUACAAAUCCUAGUAAAUCAAGGAUCUAAGAAAGGCAUCAAGGAUAAUGGCGGGUAUUUUCCAGUGCAGUACGCCAAGGAUGAGCACAUUCAGCAAAUUGUAUUCUAUAGGUGA